AUGGAGGGAGGAGGCGGUGCACCCCCGGAAAUCCUCGAAGAAAGUCACUCAGGAUGUGUUCUACCUACAAGUCUCGGAGCCAACAGUUUGAAGAAAAGCAGUUGGGGGUUCCUAUUUACUGGGAUUAUUGGCGGGACGCUGGUGGCCGUGUAUGCCGUGGCCACACCGUUUCUAACGCCGGCCCUCCGAAAAAUUUGUCUGCCUUUUGUACCUGCAACUACAAAGCAGAUUGAAAAUGUUGUGAAAAUGUUGCAUUGCAGAAGAGGAUCCCUGGUCGAUAUUGGCAGUGGUGACGGGCGUAUUGUGAUAGCAGCUGCAAAAGCAGGAUUCACAGCCGUUGGUUAUGAAUUAAACCCCUGGCUAGUUUGGUACUCCAGAUACCGUGCUUGGCGAGAGGGAGUGCACGGCUCUGCCAAAUUUUAUAUUUCAGAUUUGUGGAAGGUAACUUUUUCGCAGUACUCAAACGUCAUUAUUUUCGGCGUGCCUCAGAUGAUGCCGCAGUUGGAGGAGAAACUCACGCUCGAACUGAAGGAUGACGCCAGAGUCAUUGCCUGUCGGUUCCCUUUCCCUCGCUGGACCCCAGACCACGUCACUGGGGAGGGGGUAGACACUGUGUGGACCUACGACGUGAGCACUGUGAGAGGCAAGGGGCCCCGAAGACCCGUGUGCUUCCAGCCGAGCAUUCAAAUGUAGACUUUAUUGAGCGCGGUUUCCCAGGUGUUGGUGGGCUUUGAUUUUACAGAGACUUCAGCUGUGUCUUCAGCAAAGAGUAUUUUUCUUCGGUAUGGAAUGAAAAAGUACUAUUACUUUCCUUAACUUCUGGGAAACAAACAGAAGUCAAGAACAGCAGGUAGAUUUAAAGUCCCUUUUCAUGCUGUAUUCAAAAAAGUGGUCUUACUGUCCUUCCAUGCGCUCAGAGGUAUGAAAAUAUGAAUGAGUGAUAGUCAUUUUGAUGUGCAGGAAGAUGUGAACAGCUCCUGACAUUAUAAAAAAUAUGAUUUAAUGCCAGAGAUGAAAAAAACACACUUUUUAAAGAGGGUAUGUCUUAACAGAUAUUUGUAGUUUGCUCUAACUUCAUUCAUACUUAAGAUUUAUGGAUUUUUGUCUUUCUGUACUUGAUGGUAAAACUAAUUUUCUGAAGGAUGUGGGCCCUCAUAUUUUAUAACAUUUGUUAGGAAUCAUUUGUUCCAAGGCUAGUGGAUUACUGUAUUUUAUUGAAUCUGAGAUGUGUAUGUGUGUGUAAAUGUGUGUGCAUAGACGCACGUUUGAACAUUUCUGAAAUGGUGAUGAACCUUCCAGUCAUUGGUGUUUUGUGUCUGUGAUCAGUGGUGUUUUGUG